AUGGCAGCCCUCCAGCAGUCUCGUAACUUCCUCAUAACCAAGGUCAACGUGGUCAUCGAGUGCUACGAUAUUUUCAAAAGCCGUUUUCCCUUCUCUAAACCCAUCGCCGAAAACCCCACCUACAGCAACAACGCUUGGGAUAACCUCUACAAUAGCAAAAAGCCGACUAAUAAUAACACCGGCGGCUGGAACAAUCCUCCUCCUGUGAAUCCCAACGGCGGAUGGGGAACCAACAACAAUACCGGCUGGGGAGCCAACCAGCAGGCCAGCAGCUGGGGAAACAACAACAACAAUACCGGUUGGGGAGGAAGCAAUAACAACACGUGGGGCAGCAACAACAACAAUACUGGCUGGAAUGCGAAUACAAAUACUUGGGGAAACCAGUCUUCUAAUAGCUCCUGGGGAAGCAACAACAAUACAUGGGGUGCCGCUGGAGGAGCCAUUGGUGGAGCCAUCGGCGGCAUGGGCGGCAUGGGUGGCAUUAUGGGAAGUUCCAACGUCACAAACACCAUCGCUUCUGCGCAGAAACUGGUGGGAAAGCAAAAGCAAACUCUGCAGCAGAUGAACGCACAAUACCUAAAAGUCAUUGACAAGGUGCAAGUGCUGGACGUCACCAAGCAGUCCCUGGAGUCAGAAGAAAGCUACCUGAGAACGGAAAACUUCGAAAUGGCCAACUUCCUCAAGGAAAAUUAG